AUGGCGGCCAAGUACAACUUGUCGGCGGAGGAGCUCGAGAGACGUCGUCGUGAGCACCUUUGUUUCCGCUGUGGCUCCGGAACCCAUCUCAGGAAGACAUGCGGUCAGGCCCCGGCGGUGGCGGCAGUUCAAGUUCCAAUGAUCAAGUUGAGGACAGUGACGAAGGAGGAGAUGAAGGUGCGCGAAGGCGUGGCGCUGCGAGUUACUUUGGCGGGCCGGCAGUUGUGGGUCCAAGCGAUGAUCCUGGAUGGGCCGGUGGUGCCGCUCCUGUUGGGCAUGGAUGUGCUGGCGGCGGCAAAUCCUGUCAUCGAUCUGGCGACUCGGACGGUGCAGUUCGAGAGCAUGAAGCCGGUUCGUGUCAGAGGCAAGGGCAGUCUGGGCUCGGGCGUCAUUGGCGUGGUGCAGCAGGACGAGGCUGCGCCCGCGGUGGUUGCGAAAGCGGCGGACGUGCAGAACGAGGCUAAGCCGGCGGUGGCGCAAGUGGCGCGGGACGAGGCUAAGCCGGCGGUGGCGCAAGAGACGGAGGCUCAGGACGAGACUAAGCCGGCGACACAAGCCAAGCCGGCGCAGGGCGAGGCUCAGCCAACGGUGGCGACAGAGGCCGAGCCGGCGACGGCGACAGAGGCCAAGCCGGCGGCAGCAGCGGAAGAGGCGAAGCCGGUGGUGACAGGGACCAAGCCAGCGCCGGUGGCGAUCCUGCGGGAAGCGUCGGAGGCGAGGUUGCCGUCGUCAGUGGUGGCGUUCCGGCGACGUCGGAAGCGACAGAAACGGCGUAUGUUUGUGCGCUUGGUCGCGGCGGCCGAUGCGCUGGAGGUGGUUCUGCCCGAGGCGUACGCAGAGUUCGCGGAUCGUUUUGAACCGAGCGGACCCAAGAAGCUGCCCGUGAGCCGACCUGGUUUUGAUGCGGUGAUCCGUAUUGACCCGUCCAAGCAGCUCAGGUGUGACCCGAACCGCAAGUUUGGCCGUAGCAAGGAGGAAGCCCUGAGGAAGUACGUGGAGGACGGUCUGAAGACUGGCAUGAUUGUGGAGUCCGAGUCCGCGUUCUGCUCCCAGCCCAUGUUCGUCAAGAAGGGUGAUGGCUGGCGCGCGACGAUCAGGGAUCGGUACCCGUCGCCUGAUGCCUUGGCGCUGAUUGACAAGCUGAAGGGCGCGAAAUUUUUCAGCAAGUUUGAUCUCACGAGCGCGUUCUGGCAAGUGAGAUUGAGCGCCGACAGUGAGAAAUACACGGCGUUCCCGUGCGACGGCAAGCUGUACCAACACAGGGUCAUGUGUUUCGGGUUGGUCAACGCGCCGGCGAUGUUCCAGCGUCUGAUUAAUGAGGUCAUGGGCCCGCUCUCCGCUUUCGCUGGAGGGUACUUUGACGACAUUAUUGUGUUUUCCAAGACGCCGGAGGAGCACGAGCUCCACGUGAAGCAGAUGCUGGCUCGGCUGAGGGAGUUUGACCUGUACGUCUCCUUGAAGAAGUGCGUGUUUGGCACGUCGAGUGUCGACUUCUUGGGGCGGCGGGUCAGCGAAGCCGGAGUGGCGGUGGAUCCUCGCAAGGUGCAGGCAGUCCUCAACUGGAAGCCGCCGACGGACGCGACUGGUGUGCGUGAGGUCAACGGCCUCGCGUCCUUCAUGAGGCGUCAUGUGCCGAACUAUGCCGAGCUGGCGCGCCCGAUGACGAUGCUGACGCGGAAGAAUAUCCCAUUCGUCUGGUCGGCAGAGUGCGAGAAGUCGUUCCGCGCGAUCCAGCAGGCGCUCGUCCAGGCGCCG